CGUAAAUCCAUUGUGUUUAUAUUGAAAUUCUUGGGCCAUAUUUGCAUUCAGUGUUGUAUGUCGCAUUUCUACAUUUCGCAAGCAUACUCUCUCCGAUUAUCCUACACCAUCCAGAUCCAGGCCCGAUAAGAAGCCAGUGUCAGUAUCUUUUCCCAUACUCUCCCACUUUCUGCCACCUUUCGUAAGAGCGGCCGACAGAAAAGCGGUUAUGUCUGGGCAACAGGGCGCCGAUGAGGCGCCUAGGACCGGCCGCCUCCGUUCUCUCUCUUUCAGCCAGAAGUUCGGCCGCAGCCGUUCGCCUGGUAACGACCUCAAUUCUGAUUCCCCGAAAUCCCCUUCUGAACGCCGAGGCUCUGAAGCUGCCGCCUCCCAGCAACAGCAGGAGCGCGGUCGUCUGUCCAGCAGUGGCAGCCAGCAAUCAGGCUCUGACAACACUUUCCCUUGGGAGUGUCAAAAAGAGCAGGAGGACAGAGUGUCUCGGACGUCAAGGGAUCAAUCCCGUCGAACUUCGAUAUUCCAGCAGUCACAACCUCGAAGCACACCCUUGGAGGCGGUAGCCGAAAGCGAAAAUGAACGUCGCAUCCGCAUCGCACGGGUCUUGACGAAGCAACAGAAACGGAUCUCGGAGCACAUUCAGCUGUUUGCCAAGAUUCAUGUUACCAUCGUUGGAAGCUCGAUCAACUUUGAUAUCAUUAUAAGUAGGGCUGAGACUGUGGAGGGCUUGGCAAGGAUGAUUGAGGCCGACUAUGCGUACAGAUAUUUCUAUCAGGAAGACGGCGGACCUAGCAGAACCGUCGACUCACGACGACCGGAUCCGUUGCAAAUUGGCCAAAUGUACAACGCAGGCCAGCUUGCUUUGCGCUUUUCGGAUACGGUGGGGGACGUUCUGGAGUACAUGGACAAGGUGUCCGUUAUCAAUUCUUUCGAAGGCGAGAGUGUCUAUCGCAACUUGACGCCGAGAGAUGAGUCAAGUUCCCUUCAGUUGACCGACAAAGCCCUCUCGACCUCGGGAGAGUCCGUGAACGCACAAACGGAAGUAGCCACCUUGGCAACGGAAGAUGCGUACAGCCCGCUACCAGCUCGUAAAGCGUCCACAGCCACGGCCCAUACACUGAGCCGCCAGCCAGGAGAGGCCCCGCCAUCGCUGGACGACCGCAUUCAAUUGUACCUUCGCAACAAAAUGGCUUUGAAGUACCUUUCCGAGUUUUGUUUGGAGGAGUACACGAUCGAAAACCUUCUCUUCUGGAUUGAUGUGGAGGUUUUCCAAUCUUCGCAGGCGUCAAUACGCCCUACUUUCGCACGAUACAUCUACUUGAACUACAUCGCGCCUGGGUCGCCUUUGCAAGUGAACUUCUCACCCGAGAUAUGCAGGGAUCUGCAGACCAUCAUUGGAGUGAAUGCUGGGAAUGUUGAUCGCACGGUGUUCGAUGAAGCGCAGGAACAGGUGUAUUCGAUGUUGAAAAAUCACUCGUUUGUCCGAUUCGAAGAAAAUUCGAGGCAUCAGAUUUAUAUGGCCGCCAGGCAAUCUGAUGGCGACACAUAUCAGCUAGGGAAGAUUGCCGGCCCAUUCGCGAACCAUUUCCAGGGAAGCCCCGAGCUCCUGAAGCUCGUUCUUCCCCUUCUCGAAAAAACCGCUUCGCAAAACCAAAGCGCACCGGGGAAAACAGCGACUCCACAAGCCGCUGCGACAACCAUCAAAUUUCGCGAGCAAAUGCUCAAUCGCGUCCUCGUGAACUACUUCCCGCAUUUCUCCCGCUCUGUUGAGGGGUACUUCAACGAGAUGAAUCGCAACAAAUGGAGUAGCAAGCAGACGCGCAUGAAUAAGGAAAAGAGGCUUGCCAAGUUCUUCGGCGAGCGGCCGUCCGUGGAGCUGGUGCAGCAGCAGAUCGCGUACGCUUCCGCAUCCUAUUUGCGAUCCGUGCAGGGGAUCACGCGGGAGUCGCUGGAGGAUCUAGUCGGAGCUGCCUUUUCCGACGCAGACCUUGCCGACGGCGACGAUGGCGAUGUCGAUGAGAGCGACCCGAGGAGCCAGAGCCAACGACGGAAGAAGAAGGAGAAGCUGGAAGAGUUCUUCGGAGAUCGUUUACCCAGCCAGCAGAAACGGGUGCAGCAGUUGGUACGGGACUCGUCCACGGCGGCCGCAACCACCAACCCGACCAGCUCGAGUUGGGAGGCGGGCGAUCCGUUGGAGGUACAUGUUGCGGCGGAAAGUCUGGCGCCUGGCGAGACCGUAAACGAGCUGGAUCCAGAGGAACGCCGGAUCCUGCAAAAGAGAACCAAGAAGAUUGCCAGCAUGUUGGGCGAAUCGCUGGACGAAAAGACCAUCUCGAAGAAGGUCGUUCAUGGUAGGCAGGAGAAGGAGAAGGCCACCGGUAUUGGUCCCUCGACGCAAGCUCUCUCGGGCACACUAGAUAAUGCCGCUUCAGGAGGGAUCGGCUCGACGCAGGUGUCCGCAUCGCAUUCAUCGACCAUGCUACGUAUGGACAAAGACGCUUCCGAGUCCGAGGAUGACGACCCGGAGUCCAAGCAGGCACACAAGCGUCGCCUCGACAAAAUCUCUAACCUGAUGGGCCAGCGUAUCGGCGUCACGGAUAUCCAAACCGCCAAGGCGACGGUAACCAACACGCCCCCGGUCAUCAACCGCCCCUUGACGCUCGAUGAGAAGAAAUCUUUCCAGAAGAAGGCAUCCAAACUUGAACGCGUAUUGGGCCACCUGCCCCCAGUCGAGGCCAUCAUAUCGACGCUGCCAUCCGGGGCUCAGCAGAAGGAGGUAGACCAUGUGCGGAGGAGUAUCGUCGGGUUGUCCUUCUUGGUAACGAACGCGAAGAAUGCCGUGGAUAUUCUAGAUGCGUUGACCCAGAUCACCUUGCCUGAGGAGAGGGUUGGAGAUGCUGGCGAUGCGGCAGAAGGUGCCUACGACAAGACACCACGAGGAUCUGUGAGCGGUGCGCAGAAUCCGGAGGAGAAUAAGGAGAGCAAGAAGAGGAAGAUGCGGAAAUUACGAAAGUUCUUCGGCGACAAUAUUGCCGUCGACAUGAUCUUGGAAACUCAAAUCCUCGCCGACCUCGAGCGCUCGCUACAAGACCUCCCAACCACGUCCGAGGAAGUAGAUCUCCUCCGAGCCGAAGUGAACAACAUCCGCGACACGCUACGCCGGCGCAGCGGAGCGUUCCAGGAAGAGUUGCACGACACCUUCGACACCUCUGUCGCCUCCACUGGACCGUCGGACGGCGCGGCGCCCGGGAAGGGGCGGGCGUCGUCCAUUUCGAAAGGGACAAGCAGUGGAAGAUACGAUUAUGGGCCGAGACGCCCGAGUCAGCUGGGGAGGAGUUCGGAAACGAGGCCGAGGUCGGAGAACACGUUGGCCGCAGGGGACGACGCGGACGCAGAGGAGGACGGGGUGCAGGCGAAGGAGCGGUUAGUCCUAUAGAGGAAGGUUUCCUUGGCGUUGUGUUCUUUAGUUUUGGCCGCUGAUUUGUGCUCGAUCCUUGGAUAUUCUGCGUCUGGUAUGGCAGGCGGAUGCCGAACGAAUCGUUCCUUCCAUCACCUGCCACAUGUAGUUUCCGUCAAAUAUGUUCUCCAUAUAUAUUGAAAUAAACAACGCUUUAGAGA